ACCAAGGUAAACACGUCCGCCUUUCUCUAUGCCUCCUUCUUGCUGCCAUCCUUGCUGGUCUCGGCUCUGCUGCAGCUCCAAAACCGGUGAAAAUGGCAGGAUCGACCUGCAGCGAUGACGGGUACAAUGCAAAGAUAGCGACGAUUCAGCAAAACAUGCAUCAAUGUGAGAAGCGCAGAUUGGAGCUGGAAAGGGAGCUGUUUGCCUUCUCCAGGUCAGAUAAAAGAAUCUUGCAGAUAAAGUGUUCCAAACUGCGUAGCUAUCUGAAAGAAAUCUGUGGCAGAGAAGCACAAGCGAAAAUGAGAAACCUUGAGCUUAAGAGAGAUGUGAAGUGCAUGGAAAUUAGCAUGAAGGAGUAUAAUUUUGACCAUGGCCCCCUGCAACAACAAAAGGCUGCCUUUUUGAAAAAGAUUUCCAGACUUACUGAAGCCAGAAAGAAGACAGAGGAGCUGGUAGUAACACAGGUUAAAGGUCCACAGAGACGAAAGUGGGACAGCAGCAAGAACUUGAAGCCUGUGGACAUUUUUAUGGACCACCAGGCCUCCGGGGGCUACGAUGCUGAAGCUGGCACCACAAGUGUACACUCAGAGCAAGCAUUUCAGCGUUCACCCAAUCGCAGCGUUCACCCGCACGAACGUCUACCAAGUGGCCUUUUGAAGGACUUCAUAGUUGGCGGAGAGGAUGCUGCCAGUAAGCGAGCACAUUUAUCAGAUGACAUUUCAAGCUCAAACGAUUCCCCUGACGAAUGUAAUUUGAGUGACAAACAUGAAAGAGCGUCAGGGCUGCCUCCAUCUGCUCGUGCCUCAACAGCCGCAGCUGCCUGUGUAGCUUCUGCAAGUGAUGAUGAACGAAAAGCUUCACCUCCAGUGACCUUGACAGGGUCUGAGAAGAAUCCAUCUCCCAGCAACAGUAACCCUGCGAUGGCUAAGAAUCCCCCUGCAGAACCCACUGACUCCCAAGUGGUGGCUCACAAGCCUCUCAUAAUGCGAAAUGAAGAGAGAGGUCUUGGCCAUUUGAAGCCUGAAACCACUUUUAGAAAAGAAGCUCAAGAGAUAUCAGGAAAAUGUGAGAGUGCUGGUGAACCAAGCUCAGAUGUGCAGUCGUCAGAGAGCAGUUCCAGUAACCUGACAAUUUCUUUGACACAAUCGGAGCUCGAGGAGGAUUUACCAGACGAGGUUUCAUCAGAAAGAAAUACCUCUCGCAGAGGAAGUGAAGAUCACAAACAGCAUCGUCCUGAUUCAUCCCUCCAUUCUGAUGGGUCUAAGAACGCAGAACUUUUAACCAGUAAAGCCUCAACUCCAGGAGUGAUUUUGAAAAGACUCUCUCUGGAAGGGCUCUUUAAUCUGCUAGACUCCAUCGAAGGGCGACUCCACAACGAACAGAAUCACGUGUACCAAGAUUCUUCAAUAGAUGGAAGGCAACUCAAUAGGAUUAUCAGACUUUGUGAGGACGGAGCAGGCUUGGAUGAUGAGGACCUUGAAGCGUGUGGCGCUGUCGUCCUUCAUGAGCUCCGGAGGUUGUCAUGGAGCAUGGAAAAGGGCUGCGUGCUACCAGGGGAGCUGGUGAAAGCGUAUCAGUCCAGCCCUCAGUCUAAUGAAAUAAGCACCAGCCUCCCUCCCAAUGCUGCUCAGCUGUGGGAUCGCUGGUUCAAGCACGCCCUUGUGCUCAAGGAGAGCCGUGUCCUCAACACAGAGCGCUUGGUCCAGCUGUUCACGCCGCUUCUGCUGGAGCGUGAUGCCGACUACAGCCAGCAGGCCAAAGUGUUGCUGAGGGCACUUCUCUCCCGGUCCAGUGAGGAGGGCCCCUCAGCAGAGGAUGAGAGUGACUCUUCUUCUUUGUGCAAUAAUUCUUCUGCCUUAGCGGACGCAGAUGUGAAGCCUUCCCGCUCUGUACACACACAACACAUCGAAGAACUACAAAGCACUAAAGAGGACAGCCAGGACGAAAGCCCGGUGGAAAGUGGUCCUAUUAGAGAGACAAAAGCGUAUCAGUUACUUAGACAGUCGGCCAUGCAGAAAAGACCGACGAGUUCUGAAGAGGAGGAAAGCAGCCUUUCAGGAAUAAAUCAUGGCCAUGAAGAGGACCUGGGGAGGGCCAAACGCUCCUCACAUCAAGACCCUUACCCUCGGAAAGGAAACUCGAAGAUUUAUUCUGCUCUGCAAACAAAAGCUUUUUGGCAGGAAUCUGAUGACAGCAACUCCGAGAUUGAAGCAGCCCUUCGUCCUCCAACUGGCGAAGCAAACAGCAGUGCCACUGAUGACUUUUAUGACUGAUGUUGCUGCAAUAUUAUAUCGUUUUUAAAUGUGAGACGGAUGGGCUCUUAGUAAUUCACCCCACUGACCAUACUUUCAUUGGUCUGCAUUCUAAAUCAUAUGCUUAGCAUAUUGUAAAAACAAAUAAAGUUGACAGCUCUUACGCUGGAUAAGGUAUGUGAAGAGUUGUCCAACGCUCUGAUGUUAA